CCGAGUGAUUCUCUUCAAUCCUUCUCCCAGCUAGCAAACAACAUGGCGGAACCCACCGUGAGGAUAUCUGGAUUUCUUCUCACGUCUUUAAUGUUCCAACAUCUCAACAAAGACUCCGACGUGGAAGGUUUGAUCCUCGGCGAGAACCAGCUUGAGGAGCACGUGACAAUCAGCGACGUGCAAGAUGACCGCGUUGAUCUGCACCAGACUUACAGCAUCCACAAGCAUGUGUGCUUCGACACACUUAACACCCUGUACGACGCCGUGGGCGGGGUGAACAUGGCAGCGGUCCAGAAGGUCCUGGGGGCCAACAAGCGGGAGCGCGUGAUCGGCUGGUACCGCCAGCGCAGGAACUCUGAGCACCACAUGACGCUGCGAGAGAAGGCGGUGCACGAGAACCUAAAGAGAGCGCUGUCCAGGCCCCACAUGAUCUUCCUUUUGCUGACGCCCAGCACGCUGACCUGCACAGGCUCCACCCACCGCACGGAAUACUCCGCCUUUCUCCCCGGCAGCAGGCAGGUCACCAGCGUUCCUCUUGUGGUGGACAACAUGGCGUCGCUGGACCAGCUGGCCUACUGGGUGGCGUCCACGCCGUGCUCGGCGCCAGGCUACCGGCAUGCCGUCGGCCAGCACAGUUCCAAGUUCUUCAGGCCUGAUGGACUCUUGAGAGACGUGGACGCCGUCAACGCCAUGAACGACUCUUUGCAGGCGGAGCUUCAGAGGGCGUGCGGCGUGGUGGCAGAGAGUGAGCGUGCGGUCCAGUCUCUGCUCGCCGACAUCUCCGCCCUCAGGAAGAAGCUCGGCAACAGGAAGUUGGCGGCAGCGACCAAAGCUGACGAAGCGUCUUGCGUGAAGAACCUUCGCCUCCAGCUCGCCAUAAGCACGCUCUUCUCCUGCUCGCCGCUCUACACCUCGCACACGUUGACGCUGGACGCAUUUCCUGUGGCGGACGCCGACAAGCAGGAAAAACUCCGCCCCCUGCGGCCAGACACUGCGCGUAAAAGGAGACCGGAAGCGGCGGCGGGGAGCUUGAGGAAGCGGCGCAAGAGAGACGUGACGGCGUCAUCGUGUUGA